UGAACAGCUUGUAAUGAACAUCAUCACUGGCGAAUGCAAUGGCAGAGGGCAAGGUUGAAGAUGUCCAGAGUGUUCUACGACUUAAUGUGCGAGGAUGUUUAUACACAGCCAGGCGGGAGUCUUUGUGCCGCUUUAAGGACUCAAUGCUGGCUUCUAUGUUUAGUGGACGCUUUCCUCUAAAAGUGGAUGAAUCAGGAGCAUGUCUAAUUGAUCGAGAUGGAAGCCUGUUUAAGUAUCUUUUGGAUUAUCUUCACGGAGAAGUUCGGAUUCCUGGAGAUGAACAAAUUCGAAUCGCACUGCAGGAAGAAGCAGAUUAUUUUGGAAUCCCUUAUCCAUACAGCCUGUCUGACCAUUUGGCCAAUGAAAUGGAGACAUAUUCUUCAAGGUCAAAUAUAGAGCUUAAAAAGGCUUUGUUAGAUUUCUGUGAUUCUUAUGAUUUAGUUUGUACCAAGCCUACAGUGUGGGUCCUGCACUAUCUCAACACAUCUGGAGCAAGCUGUGAAAGUACAGUUAUUGGUGUGUAUGCCACAAGAGCUGAUGGGACUGAUGCAAUUAAUAAGGUGCUAGGAACGAAAAUUCAUAGUAAAAGCAUGUACAAAAGAGAAGCUGGAAAUAAUGUCCAGUACAUCUGGAGCUAUUACUCAGUUGCUGAACUGAAAAAGAUGAUGGAUGCUUUCGAUGCCUGGGAAGGGAGAGGUGUCAGCUACUGGAGAGUGCCCCAGGAGCUGAUUGAAUGUUGGACUCUGGAAGAACGCCCUCUGAAAGGCAGUUUGCAUCAUAUGCCACCAGUUUAUAAAAGACGACUAAUUGACUAUACUGAAGAGGAAGACUGUUUGCCAUCUAAAGUGGGUCCCAAGCCAAUCAGGUUCUCAGGUCCCUCAACAAGUACCCAUAUCAAAGUCAAGAAUUCAGCUUCACUAAAGGUAGCUGCUUGCAGUACUUCACGUUCUGCAGCAACUCUUAAACGACCCAACAGUGAAAGGCUGACACUGCACAGAGAAGCUUCUGAAACCACAUCCACAACAUGCUCACUGCUGCCCAGCAAUCCCCAGGUGUCCUGUGGAAGGCAGGGUGCUGGCAGUGGGACACCAAGCCAAAUGACAUUCAGGGUUGCAGGGACUAAGAAGCCUGUAAACAACCGUGUAGUGAAGCUGAAAGGAACUCCACUUUUUCUUGUGACACCAUCUCAGCCGCCUUCUUCUGUAUCCAGUAAAACAAGUGAACAGGACAGUGCUGCUGGGGAAAUUCCUACUACUUCUGUGGUACUGAACAAGAAAGAACCAGCUGUAUUAGCAGAAAGUAUUACACUUAAGAAUGAUAAAGUGAAUGGAUAAUGUUUGACUCAGCCUGAUAGACCAGACAGCUUUGCAUCAUCUGGUCAAAGAAGAGAUCAUCAUCUCAUGUGGUCAUUUAUCAAAGAUUAGGUGUAAAAUGGUGAUGAAAUUCAUGAAAAGCAUAGGAAGAAAUUGUUUUAAGUGAGCAUUGAAGUGUGUUUUCUGCUUUAUUUCUAAAUAUUUUUUACAUGUUGGGAAGGGAGGAAGAAAAAUGGAUUAAAAAAAAAAACAAACAUGGAGCAUGUGCAGUUUAAUGUUCCAGUGUCUCACAUUCUGUUGGGCUAUACUUUAAAGGGAGUACUUGCACAGCAAAAAAGAAGACCUCUUUAUCAACUUUAACUAUUGUUAAAAAUAACUGGAGUUAACCUUAAUUUGUACCUUUAAAGUGGGGGAAAAUAAAUAAAAACAAGUAGCUUUUCUUAGAUACAAGUUUGCCACAAAUGUGCAACAUACAUGUG